AUGUAUUACGAUUACGAAAUGGCAGCGACGGCAACUUUCAAUUGCGUUGUCGAUACGCUUUAUCUUCGCGUUUCUGAAGAUGGACAAUUCGGUCUACCUGAUUUUGGCUUGUCCAAGGCAAUUCAAGACGAGCUUGCAGAUGUUGAGCAUGCCGACAAGCCUUUUGGCGCUUUGUUUAACGUCAAUCCUCCUCCCCCAGAGUACGACCAGCAAGGAAAUGUCACAAACGCGCCAAUCCCUUACAAUCCCUCACCUGCACAACUUGAGGCCAGUACGAAGCGCAGCUACCAACCACUUGACCGAAUCAACGCCUCAAUCGGAUUCUCUACACACGAGACCGAGAGAAACUUCGUCUUUUUGCGGGUCGCCAUUCCUUUUGAUCAGAUUCCCGACACGAUUGAUCCUAGAUCGCAUACUGCUGAUGGUUUCAUCGUCAAACUCAAGUUCUACGCAAAAAAUAUCAUUGGUCUCGAUUAUUCUCUUUCCUCGCCUGAAGAAGAUGAAGAUCCAGACAACAUCUUCACCAGAAAAGUUAUCAAGCUCUUCAGUAUCAACGAUGAUGAUAAAGAGGUUUUCAAUGGUAACGAUAUUGAGAAAAUUCCCAAGAUUGUACUCAAGACACCUGGUUAUGACCGUGUUGGAAAGAACGGCGAGCCAAAGGCCAAAUUUGGCGUCUAUCGUUGGGAACUCAAUGUCAAGGAAAUUGCGUCUGCCAUUAGUGAGAACUUGAUGCAUUCUACUACCUGGCCAGCUCUUCCGUGGGCUCCUCGUCGUGUUAUCAAAUUCCUUCAGUUUAUCAUGUCACAACACACGUUCUCACUUCCAAUAUAUAUCAUGGAUAGCUCGAAUAGCAAUUUGGAAUAUUCCUUGAUCAAGUGCCUUCGAGGUAUGCGAAAGGAGCUACGCGAUGGCAAUCCCUUUCGUCGCUAUCUGUCUCAAAACUUUAGAUUCAACAGCAAAGUUGGAUUGGAUGCUUUCAUUAAGGAUGCGAGAUUAAGACCCAAAAUCGUUACCCAGAAGCAAUUACAAUACUGUACAAAGGGGGAGAUGAUCACCCGUCUUGCUGUCGCUACCAAGCAACAACUUGAAGAUCGUCGUGCAAACGACGUUUCCAUCAGAUUGAUGAAUAUUGGCGAUGACUCGGCCUAUUAUGCUUUCUUCAUGGCACCACAGAACUUAAGACUCCACCCGGGUGACGUGUUAAAGGUUAACUUCUUUAUAGACGGAGUUAGGAAUGAGGAUUGGAAUCUCGUCAUUUGCAAGCCUUUUGACUGGUAUUACCCAGAAGCAUCUGUUGGUAUUUUGAAGCGUCCUUUGGUCCCACUUCGUUGGGAUGCCACUGAAGAGGAAAAGAACGCCCCCAGACCUCUCACCGGCUCAAUUCUACCAGCCGUCGUCGGUAACAUGGAUUCGCCUAAAACAUGCAGAGCCCUUCUUGAGAAGGCUUGUUCAAUCCCUGUCAUCCUCAAUUAUCACGAGUCCGAAAUGGCAGAAGCCAGAGUCUUCAAGGCUCUCAAUUGCUUCCUCCACUCCACCUACCCCAAUCUUGACAAGAAGGACUCCCACUCCCCGAUCAAUUUCAAAUCAGCAAGCAUGGAUGCAUGGUCAAAGGUGCUUUUAAUGCAUGACAAUAGGGUCAGAACUCAUGUCGAUAUCCUGGGCGAAGAUGCUGGUCUCAUCAUGGAGAGAUUCGAUGCUAAAGAUCAACUUGACACCAUCGAAUACCUUCGGAGCACACCUGUAAAUUCUCAAGGCAAGGCCGUUGCUAUCGUUGAAGGUUUCCCAGGAGUUGGAAAGACUACUUUCUUGGCUCAUGUCGUUGUAUGCAUGCUGGCUCAACAACCUCAAGCUCCUAUCGGUUGUAUCUGCGCUGCAAACCAACCGACCGACGUUCUGGCCAAGGCUAUUGAACGUGCAAUCGAAGAUACCUGCAGCAAACAGCCAGAUCUCGCACCUUUCCUCCGUCAACAGGUCGUCAUUCGCGUUUAUCCUUCAGCAACUGAGACCAAUUUCCUAAUCAGUUUGGUUGAUAGGGCUCCAAAGGCUUCGACUGAUCAAGCUGUAAAUGUUGUUUUAACUUCCCAGACUGGUACGAAAAAGUUCAUGGGCCAAUUCCGACAACUUUACGCAAUCUUGAUUGGCGACGCUGGUCUUGCUACACUCGUCGAUCUAAUUGUGCUUCUCUCUUCCUUUGAUACGGACCGACUUGUCUUGUUCGGUGACACCAAGCAGCUUACUCCCCAAACUCCGUUUCUCCAAGGGUUUCAAGGAUUAUCUCAUGAAAAGUCUCAAGAUAUUAUGUCAUACUUUAUGGAUAAUCAUUGGCCUAAGGCGCAACUAUACGUUCAGCGUAGAGGUUACCCUGGAAUCAUGGAGGUCGCGUCCGAAUUAUUUUACCGCAAGCGAAUUCAAGAUGCACCUGUUUUGCCGAACCAGUUCCCACUCCGUGAGGUGGUUGCCAAUACCCUCAGAGUUAUAUUCCCAGAAAACUCCAUCUCAAAGCCGUAUUUGUAUAUUGAUGCAGUACACGAAGGCGAGAUUAUGGACCACUCAACCUAG